AUGCAGCAGGCCUCGAUUGUAGACUGCAGAAACAACGGCUUCAGCAGACUAACCUUUGUGGGGCCCCCCUUGCCACUCAGCAGCAGCAGCAGCAGCAGCAGCAGCAGCAGCAACAGCAACAGCAGCAACAAAAGCAGCGAGUUGAAGGGAAGGCCCUGGCCCCGACCUGAAGCAGCAGCAGCAGCACCUGCUGCUCAUGCUUCAUUCUUCUUCCCUCCUGCACGGAGCUGCGCAGCAGCUGCAGGCUCAGCGGCAGCAGCAACAGCAGCAGCAACAAAGACAUUUCGGCUAGCGACCCCACAGCAGCAGCAGCAGCAGCAGCAGAAAGGGGUAGCAGGCCUUUGCAUGCGUUUUUAUAAGGCCAAGGCCAUCCGUGCUCUCUCCAUUCCAGAGAUAGAGAGGGAGGUGCUGCUGGCACGUCAGUCUGUGCUGCAGCUGCGGCUGCUGCAGCGGGGAGGCCUCUGCAGCAAACAGCAAAUAAUGCAUUCUCGUCGUUUGCUGAGGCAACUGCUAACAAUAAGAACAGAGAGGGAAGGAAAUGCAGGGACGCAGCAGCUGCAGCAGCAGCAGCAGCAGCUCAAGCAGCAGCAGCAGCAGCUCUUCUUAGAAGAAGCAACCCAGCUGCAACAAACCCUCAGGCAACAGAUGACGCCCGAGAGGCAGCAACAGCUGCAACAGCUGCAGCAGCUGCUGCUGCAACAGCAGCAGGAAAUGAAAAACUGGCAGCAGCAGCAGCAGCAACCAAUCCCGCAUGUUGCAGCAGCAGCAGAUGCUGCGACGCAUGCGUGA